CGCCGUGCCCGGACGGAGGUCACCGAGCGGCGGCGGCGGCCCCGCGGUUCCGGCUCCAGCUGCAGCAUGUGGCGGGUGUUGGCACGACGAGUGGCCCGGGGCGCGGCGGGGGCUCCUCGGGGACAUUGCCGAGCGCUCAGUGGUGCUGGAGGCGGCCGUGGGCCAACGCUUGGGGCUGGACCGCUGAGCCGCGGCCCGGUGUGGGGCGGCCCCGUGAAGCGGCCCGGCGGGCUCCUGCUGCCUCUUACCUGGCUUCGGCUCAUCCCGUGCCGCUGCUGCAGCCUCCCGGCACACCAGAAGGUGGCCUUGCCAGCUCUGUCCCCCACGAUGCAGAUGGGCACCAUUGCACGCUGGGAAAAGAAGGAGGGUGACAAGAUCAAUGAAGGAGACCUCAUAGCAGAGGUGGAGACAGACAAAGCAACAGUUGGCUUUGAGAGCUUAGAUGAAUGCUACUUGGCCAAGAUCCUGGUGCCAGAAGGAACAAGAGAUGUUCCUAUUGGGGCCAUAAUAUGUAUCACCGUAGAAAAGCCUGAACAUGUUGAUGCCUUUAAAAAUUAUACUCUAGAUUCUGCAGCAUCUGCCCCCCCGCCAGCCUCAGUGCCUCCCCCUCAAGCUGCAGCUCCCUCACCACCACCUCAGCCUUCUCCUCAGGCUCCUGGCAGCUCUUACCCUCCUCAUAUGCAGAUCACUCUCCCUGCCCUGUCACCUACCAUGACAAUGGGCACGGUACAGAGAUGGGAGAAGAAGGUCGGGGAGAAACUGAGUGAGGGGGACUUACUGGCAGAAAUUGAGACAGAUAAAGCCACAAUAGGCUUUGAAGUGCAAGAGGAAGGCUACUUGGCAAAAAUCUUAGUGCCUGAAGGAACAAGAGAUGUGCCAUUAGGAGCAGCUCUCUGCAUAAUUGUGGAGAAAGAGUCUGAUAUUCCAGCCUUUGCUGACUACCAACCCACUGCAGUAACGGACAUCAAGGCACAAGCUCCUCCUCCCCCUCCUCCUCCAGUGGUGGCAACUCCUGCUGCUGCUCCUCCUCCUCCUCAGCCUUCUGUUCCUUCUGCUCCAGCAGCCCCUACAGCUGGGCUGCCUCCCCAGAAAGGAAGGAUCCUGGCUAGUCCCCUGGCAAAGAAAAUUGCAGCAGAAAAAGGAAUUGACCUUGCCCAAGUGAAAGGUACUGGACCAGAUGGUAGAAUCACAAAGAAAGAUGUGGAGUCAUUUGUGCCACCAAAGGUUGCUCCAGCUCCAGCAGUAGGGGCAGUUCCUGCAGCUGCUGCAGUUGCAGCAGCACCAGUGGGGACCUUCACAGAUAUCCCUAUCAGCAACAUUCGGAAGGUCAUUGCUCAGCGGUUGAUGCAGUCUAAACAAACAAUACCUCACUAUUACCUUUCUAUUGAUAUAAAUAUGGGAGAAGUACUGGUGCUAAGGAAAGAACUCAAUGAGAUCCUCUCGGGUAACACUAAACUUUCUGUCAAUGACUUCAUAAUUAAAGCUUCUGCUCUGGCUUGCUUGAAGGUGCCUGAGGCAAAUUCUUCAUGGAUGGACACAGUUAUCAGGCAAAAUCAUGUGGUGGAUGUUAGCGUUGCAGUUAAUACUCCUGCAGGGCUUAUAACCCCUAUUGUGUUUAAUGCACAUAUAAAGGGCCUGGCUUCCAUUAGUAAGGAUGUGGUUUCUUUGGCAGCUAAAGCCCGAGAAGGUAAACUUCAACCUCAUGAAUUCCAGGGUGGUACAUUCACAAUUUCCAAUUUAGGAAUGUAUGGGAUUAAGAAUUUCUCUGCUAUAAUCAAUCCACCUCAAGCCUGUAUCCUUGCAGUUGGCUCCUCAGAGAAAAGGCUAGUGCCAGCGGAUAAUGAGAAAGGAUUUGAUGUGGCCAGUAUGAUGUCCGUUACACUUAGCUGUGACCAUCGUGUUGUAGAUGGAGCAGUUGGAGCACAGUGGCUUGCUGAAUUCAAGAAUUUCCUUGAAAAGCCAGUAACCAUGCUGCUAUAAUUUAACCAUGCAAGCAAAGUUUUUCUGGAUCACACUGUUUUGUUUUAAACAAGCUAUUUAGACGUGAGUGUUCAGACUUAUUAAAAGAGUUCCUUUUUUAUUUUAAAUAUGUAUUAUAUUAUCUGGUAAUGUUAUUACCAGUCUGUACAGAAAAAGUUUGCAAAAGUGCUUUUCAGAGCAAUAUUACAGCUAUACUGUAUUUUUAUACAGUUAACUUGCAAACUCUUCCAAAACAGAGUUAAGCAUCCCAGAUGUAAAAGUUAUAGGCAGUAUGCAUACUGCCAUCUGCUUCUAAACUAGGGUGAACGGGGAGGUGGGGAGUGCACACCAAGCAGUUUCAUCACCUCUGUUCUUAUUAAUUUGAAUUACAAACAUCUCUUCACAGGAGUUCAGGUGAGAUGGUAACUGAAACGUACAAGUUAGUAAAAGGUGGAUUCCCUUACUGUCCUGUUCUGCUGGGAUGGGUAGUAUGGCAUGCACUAAGGGACUGAAGCGCCUGGGAAUAGUUUCUCAAAGGCCAAGUGCUAGCAUUCCAAAUCUCUCUUUGGAAUUUGGCACUGGUCUGGACCUUCUCAGCUAUGUGAUCCCUUUUGAGCACUUUAAGGUGAAAGAGCACUGAUAUCUGUGGGGUCACAGCUCUCAGAUACCACAGGGAGUGGUUAUCUCCUUGUGGACUUAUACUUACAUAUGCUUUCUAUAUGAAAACUCUAAUUGCUGUUCCUCUUGUUAAUAUCAGACUAGGAUGCCAUGGAAAGUAACCAUUUUGCAGAAUGUUUAAGAGAAACUGUGUGCUGGAACCCAGUAUAGGCAAAUCACACACGCUGAUAAUCCCAUUAGUGGAUAUUAGUCCUGUGAUGACUCAAAUGUUUGGAAUUUUUUUCCAGGGAUUCUGACAUAGGAAUCUUUGAGUUAGCCACUGGUACUGUGGUUCUGCCCUGAAUUGUCUGUGUUGUUACAGCCUCGGUAGGCUGCAAAAUGUGCUACCAUGUGUAUAUUGUAUGUAAAAUGCUUUGAUAGUUUGUUGGACUUGUGUCCAGUUACCCCAGUCAUUGUAUCCUAAAAGGGGUGCAGUGCUGAACAUUCUUAAGCUCCAUUUUCCACAUGGAAAUCUUAAUGUGAAAAAGGAUGGCUAUGUCGCAAUUACAAAGUGUCCAGGAGAAUUACAAGGGGGUAGAAGUCUAAAAAAAGGAAAGAAAAAGUUUCAGCUGUUCUGUUAUUCUGUAUAUUGCAUUAAGUACUGUCUCCUGUAAAGUUCUACAACGUUCACUAAAGAUACUGGAAGAAAAUACUAUGGAAAUUAAAUAUUUUUGUGGGAACUGUUUAAUGUCUGGUUGCUGUGAUACCUGGUUUUCAUGCCUGGCUUAAGCAAAAAGGUGCAUUAAAGGUUUAGCUUUUCUUUAAUGUUCUAAAAUAUCUUGGUUCCAGACUUGCUCUAGUGAACCUAUGUUCUAUUAAAUGUUUGGAAUUGACAACUACUAAAACAUCUUCCAGUGCUUUUGUAUUCAGUUGUGUGUGGCUUACUGUACUGCUAUAGCAGAAUCAGAGCUGUUUAGCCUGUCAAUCUGAUCAUGAAACUCACCCUAUUAACCUUAAAUUGUAAUUACAAAUAUUCCAAAACAAUACAUGCUCUGUUAGUACCAUGUA